UGCAACGCAUUGGGCAACAUGGCCGCCCCCAGCAAAGACGCGUUUGUCAAGAUGCCAGUGAAAUUUUCGGGCGAAAGCCGUUCGUCUCACGUUAUGCUGUUCAAAGAACACAGUGUCCGCGAAAAGAGCGAACACAAGCCGUCGGGGAGGACGCUGUUUGUCGUCAACGUGCCCCCGUACUGCGACGAGGACAGCUUGAAGCGCGUUUUCGGCGACUGCGGCAAGGUGGCCAAAGUGUGGCUUCAGAAGUCUCCGUCUUCGGGCAAGCCCGCGGAAAACACGUCUUCGUUCUUUCCCAGCGUGGCUCCAGUGACGGGCUUCAAAGUCGCCUACGUGGUGUUCCACAAGGAAGCGUCCGUGAGGCGUGCUCUAGCCUUGUCACUGUCGGAACCACGUGUGCUUUUCCACGAAGACUGCAACGACGUUAUCGGUGUGGCCAAGUGGUGCGCCCAGUACAAGUCGACGUUCGUGGACGCCGAGAAAGUUCAGAAGGAAGUGGACACCUACAUGGCGGACUACGACGCGCGUUUGGAAGAAGAAAAGCAGCGAGCCAAAGCCAUGGACGGCGUUCCCGACGAAGACGGCUGGAUCACCGUCACUAAGUACGGCAAGCGGCCGGUCAUACCGCGUACCGACGCCGUCAGCCAGAAGAUUUCCAGCGCCGAAAAGAAGAAGCGCUCCCAAAAGGAACUCGUCAACUUUUACUCCUUCCAGAUUCGAGAAUCUAAGAUGGAAAGGAUUGCCCAGCUUCGGAAGAAGUUUGAAGAGGAUAAGCGAAAAAUCUCCCUUAUGAAAGCAUCUAGACGUUUUAGACCCGUCUAGACUUCGUGUUCUGACUGUGUUUGCCAACGUGUCUAUAAUAACUGCAGCUGCUGAGGAUCUUGAAAAGUGCCCCUUGUGAAUGCGUGUAUUUUACCAUGUAAAAUAAAGAGCUCUCUGCGAUGUCGUAUGUAUGCAUUUGCCUGAUCAUCAGAAUUGUUGAACAGGAAGUGUUUCCGUAUCACAGGGCGAUUAUUUAAAAUAGUUGUAUGCCAUCGUGAACUUACGAACAGUGCAGCUUCCCACGUUUUUGCAAUGCUCCUAGGCGUAACUUCAAAGUUCGACUGUUUUGCAUGUCAAAUGAGAUGUGUGGUAUUUAAACAUGUUAAUGCAGCAGUUAAGCUCAUCUGGGCCAGAAAGAGAACCCCUCCAUGUCUUCUUUGCAUGACUGCUAUUUCACCAUCAACAUAUUGUAACUCAUCCUUACAUUUAC